CUGUUCUUUCCUUCCGUUGGCUGCCCAGUGGGUGCAUGCGUGCAGCGUUAUUUUUAAGUAUUAAAUUUUCGAUUUGUUCUUUUUAUUGAGGACUGGAACAGAAGAAUAAAUGUUAAAAACCAAAACCUUCGUUAAGAAGACGCGGUCUGGGGGAGUACUGAAGAUCGUGCGCGAGCAUUACCUGCGCGAUGAUAUCUUGUGCGGCUGGCGGCCGUGCGAGGAGUGCGAGGCCCAGGCCUCGGCCUCCCUCAGCGACGAGCCCUGCAGCAGUAGCGAGUUGUGCCCGCAGCCCCACUUCCUACUUCCCGACACCAACGUGGUGCUUCAUCAGAUUGAUAUCCUUGAAGAUCCUGCAAUCCAGAAUGUGAUAAUCUUGCAGACCGUGUUACAGGAAGUCAGACAUCGAAGUGCUCCAGUGUACAAAAGAAUUAAGGAUGUGAUUAACAACCCUGAAAAACAUUUUUAUACUUUUACAAAUGAACAUCACAAAGAUACCUACAUAGAACAAGAACAAGGUGAAGGUGCAAAUGACAGAAAUGAUCGAGCAAUACGAGUAGCAGUGAAGUGGUAUAAUGAGCAUUUUAAAAAGUCACAAAGCAGCAGUGUGCAUGUACAGGUUAUCUUGAUGACAAAUGAUAGAAAGAACAAGGAGCGUGCUGUUGAAGAUGGCUUGGUUGCAUUCACUUGUGACGAGUAUAUCAAGAGUUUGGCUGGAAAUCCAGAGCUAAUUGAUAGGCUGGCUUGCAUUUCUGAUAAUAGUAAAGAAAUAGAGAGUGGUAAGCUGCUUUUUGCAGAACAUUUGCCUCUGUCCAAAAUACAACAAGGUUUGAAGUCUAAUUCUUACCUUCAAGGGACCUUUCGAGCCAACAGAGACAACUAUCUGGAAGCUACAGUCUGGGUCCAUGGUGAAGAAGGAAAAAGCAAAGAGGUUUUUAUUCAGGGGUUGAAGAACCUUAAUCGUGCUAUCCAUGAAGAUGUAGUAGCUGUGGAAUUGUUACCCCAAGAGACGUGGAUUGCACCAUCAGCAGUUGUACUUGAGGAUGAAGGACAAGUUGAAGAGGAUGGAGAAGAUCAGCAAGAACAUCUUCUGAAUAAAGUUACAACUAAGAAUGUUUCAAAGCCAACGGGCAAAGUAGUUGGAAUAAUUAAAAGGAACUGGAGACCGUACUGUGGCAUGAUUUCAAAAUCAGAAAUUAAAGAGUCAACAAGACAUUUGUUCACACCGGCAGACCGCAGGAUUCCUAGGAUUCGAAUAGAAACACGACAAGCUGCUGCGCUUGAGAAACACAGAAUAAUUGUUGUAAUUGAUGGUUGGCCAAGAAAUUCUCGCUAUCCCAAUGGCCACUUUGUCAAAACUCUAGGAACUGCUGGUGAUAAAGAAACAGAAACUGAAGUUCUUCUCUUGGAGCAUGAUGUCCCACAUCAGCCUUUCUCACAGGCUGUUCUUAGCUUUCUACCUAAGAUGCCUUGGGGAAUCACAGAACAGGACCUGAAAGAGCGGAAGGACCUAAGGCAUCUCCAUAUCUGCAGUGUGGAUCCUCCUGGAUGUACAGAUAUCGAUGAUGCUCUGCAUUGUAGAGAAUUAGAGAAUGGAAAUCUGGAGGUUGGCGUACACAUUGCAGAUGUGAGCCACUUCAUUCGCCCAGGAAAUGCACUGGACCAAGAGUCAGCAAAUCGGGGAACGACAGUUUACCUUUGCGAGAAGAGGAUUGACAUGGUUCCAGAACUGCUCAGCUCAAAUCUUUGCUCUUUAAGAUCCAACGUGGAGAGGUUUGCAUUUUCUUGUAUUUGGGAAAUGACACACAGUGCUGAAAUCCUAAAUACUAAGUUUACAAAAAGUGUUAUUAAUUCUAAGGCAUCACUGACAUAUGCUGAAGCACAGAUGAGAAUUGAUGAUGAAAACAUGAGUGAUGAGGUCACGAAAGGACUUCGCCGCUUAAAUAAACUGGCAAAGAUUCUAAAAAAGAAGAGGAUUGACAAUGGUGCUCUCACAUUAUCUUCUCCAGAAGUCCGAUUUCACAUGGACAGUGAGACUCAUGAUCCUAUCGAUCUGCAAACCAAAGAAUUAAAAGAAACCAAUUCAAUGGUAGAGGAGUUCAUGCUGCAGGCCAACAUCUCAGUUGCACAGAAAAUUUAUGAAGAAUUCCCAGAAUGUGCACUCCUCAGAAAGCAUCCAGCACCACCUCCAUCUAAUUAUGACAUCCUUGUUAAAGCAGCAAGUUCCAAAAAUUUAGAGAUAAAGACUGAUUCAGCAAAGGCCCUGGCAGAGUCUUUAGAUAAAGCAGAGGUUCCUGGAUCCCCAUAUUUGAACACACUCCUGCGAAUUCUGACCACACGUUGCAUGAUGCAGGCUGUCUACUUCUGUUCAGGAAUGGAUACUGACUUUCACCAUUUUGGUCUGGCUUCAUCUAUCUAUACUCACUUCACGUCACCUAUCAGAAGAUAUUCUGAUAUAAUAGUACAUCGUCUCUUAGCUGUGGCUAUUAAAGCUGACUCCACCUACCCAGAUAUCAUGGAUAAGCACAAACAGCAAGCUUUAUGUAAUAACCUUAAUUACCGUCACAAAAUGGCACAAUAUUCCCAGCGAGCUUCUGUGGCAUUCCAUACUCAGUUAUUCUUUAAAAACAAAGGAAUCGUUGAUGAAGUUGGCUACAUUCUGUUUGUGAAGAAGAAUGCCAUUGUGGUGUUAAUUCCAAAGUUUGGAUUGGAGGGUACCGUUUUCUUUGAAGAGAAAGGCAAGCAAACCCCAAAGAUAUACUACAAUGAAGAGAUCCCAUCUUUAACAGUAGAAGAGACAUUAUUUAAAAUGUUUGACAAGGUAACUGUGACAAUCACAGUGGAUGCAUCAAACAUACAGCACCAGAAGAUCAGAAUGAGUCUGGUUGAUCCAGUGAUUCCUGGAAUCAGUGUUCCAAGAACUACUUCACAGCAAAACACUGCUAGAGAUGAACCUGAAGUGAAGAAAGCCAGGCGAAGUUAAAAAGAUCGCUCUUCUAUUGCUACUUUUAAACCAUUGACUAUUCAUGUAUGAGGGAAGUCUUUUGGAUGAUAUACAUGUUUUUGUAAUAGAAAAUGUUCAGUCUUUUGAAUAAAAUAAUUUUUUAUACCUCAGUUUUUUAAAAGAAGUUUGAAUUCUAACUUUAUUUUGAUAAUGUGAUCAAAAUUAAAGAGAUAGUUUUGUGGCUUGAAGUAUUAUGAAUGAAUCUGAUGUCAGAACAGCAAAGGUUGAUCUGAAUAUGGGAAGUAAAUGAACUAAUCAGUUCAAUUCUAUGAAUAUUGCCUUCAGAAAUCAUGGAUCUACACAAUUCAGUCUCUCUGCAAAGAGGAUUAAGCUUUGUGGAAUUGGUCUUGCAUGAAGAUAAACACUAAAUAAACAACAUUUCAUGAAUUUAAAUUGGGUGCAUUAAGUCAUGCCAUAAGUCCAUUUCUUAAUUGUCUAACUGCAGGAUCAGCAAUGAACUGAUGUUGACCUGGAAGUAAAACAGAGCCUCAGCUGAGUCAACGCGAUGCCAGUUUGCAGCACCAUCAUGCUCACCUUAGUUCAGUAGUAGAAAGAAUUAAACCAUCAAUCAGUAAGUAAGAAAGCAGGGUCACUUAUGUUGGAAACCACUGUUAUUUUAAUACUUUUUAUAAGAUUUGUACCUUUUAGCAAACUCAUGUAUUUUUCAUAGUAUAUAGUGGUUCAUCUCCAUUCACUGUCAGAUAGCGGUUUAGCAGCUAAACUAAUGGCUUAUCACCUUUCUCGUUUUUCAUUGGCUAAGUAUUAGCACAUUACCCAUGUGAUGCAAUUGUUUUAAUUAUGUAACAUUAACAUGUUUAUUCCUACAAUUUACAGUAUUUUAUUUAUUUGGAGAUACAGCACAGUAACAGGUACUUUUGGCCCAACAGACCUGUGCCACCCAAUUACACCAAUGUGACCAAUGAACCUACUAACCCUACGUGUCUUUGAAAUAUGGGAGAAAACUGCAACGUCUGGAGGAAACCCACAGUCACAGGGAGAACGUACAAGCUCCUUCCAGGUGGCAACGGAAUUGAACCUGGGUUGCUGACUCUGUAAUAGCGUCUUUUGUUCAAGAAAGGCUCGGUAAAAGUAAGCCGUAAAAUUUUGGGCUGGUGGGCCUGACAUCAGCAGUAGAUAAAUAAUUGAAAGGUACUCUAAGGAUCGGAUAUACGAGUAUUUGGAAACAGUAGUCCAAAGUACAUUUAUUAUUAAAGUGCAUAUAUGUCACCAUAUACACCAGAAUUCUAUAAACAUCUCCCAGCUCUAUCAGAUUAUCUAUUUAAGUUGUAUUCAACAUAGACUUAAGCCUCUUGAUAAAUUCCCAACCUUCUUCUGAGAGUUAAUCUUUUGUGGCUGAGAGGCGGAAAAAUUAUCAAACGUGCCAGAUAACUAAGCGAUGGACAACAUUUCAUUUUAUAUAAUUCAGAUCAGUCCCUGGUAUUUCCUUCUUUGGGCAAAGAUUUCCGAGACAAGGUCCUCCACUAUAUGAAUUACUGUUGAAUUGUAGAUUAGCUUACCCCUUUUUCUUGUGUCUCGGAGUAUAGCUUCUUUGGUUGUAAAAUAAUGCAGGGACAGUACCUCGGACGUAGCUCGGGUGAGGGCUUAGAUCGUGGGAUUCAAAAAGCUGUAUCGAGUACAGGGUUCACUUCAAGAAUCUCAUUAAAAAGUGAAUACAGCAUAUCCGAAAAGAACUUUUAACAGCUCACCGGUUUCAGUAUUUUCAGGCAAGCCCAAUAUAUGUAAGUUCCUCCGGCGCGUUCUGCUAUCUAAAUCAAUUGUUUUUUUCUUUGUUCUUGAUAGUUCCAAAGUAACUUCAUUAAGUUUCUUUUCCAUAGAUGACAUCUUCAAUUCUUGCUCGUUAAUAGUUUGCCUGAAUGACUCCUGUUCCCUCUCAAUUUGAUGAGUAGUCUGUUUAAGCGUCUGAAAUUGAAAAUCCAAAUUCUUCAAAGAUUCUUGAACAGUAAAGAUGGAUUUUUCAAGCUUUCCGUUAGCAUCCAUCAGUUAAUCUUAGUGUUAAGUGAUCCAUAUUCAAGUUUCAUAUCUUAUAUUGAAGAGAAUAUUCUUUCUAAAGUAGAAAGUUUCUCCGAUUUCUUUGUUUGUUCCGAUUGUUCUGUUUCGGGAAGGAUCUUGCCGCGUCUCAGUUCAGUAUCAAAUCGACUUCCUGCCAUCAUAGUUAAAUCAUAAAUCCUUCAACAAAAAUAGUGAUUCUUCAACUUAAAAAGGAUCUAUGAGUGGAAUGUAAGAUAUAAAAAGAGCCGAGGUGAAAAACACGUCUCACUCCUUUCGCUGCAAAAUGGAGUCUCUAUACGCCAGAAUUCAUUUUCUUGUAGCCAUUGACAGUAAGUCCAAAGAAACACAAUCGAAUCAGUGAAAAACCACACACAAGACAGAAAGCCAAUGUGAAAAAGAGAACAAUCUCUGCAAAUAUAUGAAAAAAAUAAUAAAUAUCAGGAACAUAAGAUGAAGAUUCCUUGAAAGUGAGUCCAUAGGUUGUGGGAAUAGUUCAGUGUUGGGAUAAGUGAAGUUAGACCAUAAGAUAUAGCAGCAGAAUUAGGCCUUUGGGCCCAUUUAGUCUGCUCUGCUAUUUCAUCAUGGCUGAUCCAAUCUCUCUCUCGUCCCCAAUCUCCUGCCUUCUCGUAUCCGUUCAUGCCUUGACCUAUUAAGAAUCUAUCAACCGCUGCCUUAAGUAUACUUAAGACUUGGCCUCCACAGAUACCUGUGGCAACGUAUUCCAUAGAUUCACCACUCUGGUUAAAGAAAUUCCUCAUUUCCAUUCUAAAAGGACACCCCUCUAUUGUGAGACUGUGUCCUCUGGUCUUGGGCUCUCCCAUCAUAGGAAACAUCCACUCUCUCAAGGUGUUUCACCAUUUGAUAGGUUUCAGUGAGGUUACCGCUCAUUCUGAAUUCUGAUGAAUACAGGCCGAGGCAAAAUGUUCAAGUCUGUAAUAAUUUCUGUGAAACUCCUUUGAACCCUCUGCAAUUUCAGCACAUCUUUUUAUAGGAGAAGGAGCCCAAGCUCCUCACAAUACUCCAAAGUGAGGCCUCACCAGUGCUUUACAAGUUCUCAACAUUACAUCCUUACUUUUAUAUUCUAGUCUUCUUGAAAUGAAUGCUACCAUUGCAUCUGCCUUCCUCACCACAGACUCGACCUGCAAAUUAACCUACAGGGAAUCCUGCACAAGCACUCCCAAGUCACUCUGUACCUCAGUGUUUUCGUAUUUUCUCUCCAUUUAGAAAAUUAUCAACCUUUUCACUUCUACAAAAGUGCAUGGUGAUAUACUUUCUGACACUAUAUUCCUUCUGCCACCUCCUUGCCUAGUCUCAUAAUCUAAGUUCUUCUGUAGCCUCUACUUCUUAAAACUACCCGCAUUUCCACCUAUAUCAUAUCAUCUGCAAACUUUGCAACAAAGCCAUCAAUUCCAUCACACAAAUCAUUAACAUAUAACAUGAACAGAUCUCUGUAGAACAACGCUAGUCACUGGCAGCCAACCAGACAUGGCUCCCUCAAUUCCUACUCUUUGCCUCCUGCCAGUCAGCCACUGAUUUAUCCAUGCUUGAUUCUUCCCUGUAAUACCAUGGGAUUGUAACUUGUUAGGCAGCCUCGUGUGGCACCUUGUCAAAGGCUUUCUGAAAAUCCAAAUGCACAUCAACUGAUUCUCUUUUGCCUAUCCUGCUUAUUAUUAUUACUUCAUAGAAUUCGGCCCGAAAUGUCGACUGUCCUCUUUUCCUAAAUGCUGCCUGGCCUGCUGAGUUCCUCCAAUAUUUUGUAUGUGCUGCAUGGAUUUCCGGCAUCUGCAGAUUUUCUCUUGUUUGUGUUUUAUAUUAGUAAUUAAUUUAGAUCACUUUGUUGAGAUCUGUUUCCACUUUGACAGGAAAGAGUCGUUUUCUGUUGAUCAGUGUCAAAAAAGCUGAAUUCACUCUGUGAUUCAAUGGAAAACAAGAAAACAUGAAAACUUCUGGGGGGCGGGAGGGGUGAGUAUUUUUUAUAGGCACUGUACUUCCAUCUUCAGCACUAUCAAUCCAGUUUCCAUUCCCCUCCCAAUUUAGUUUAAACCCAUCAAAAUAACUCUAGCCAAGAUUGGGGGCAUAGUGGACAGCAAAGCUUGCAGUAGGAUCUGGACCAACUGGAAAAAUAGGCUGAAAAAUGGCAGAUGAAAUUUAAUACAGAAUUUAAUAAAGCGUGAGAUGGUUGGGAGGACAAACCAAGAUAGUGCAUACCCGGUGAGUGAUAAUAGAGCAGAAUAGAGGGAUCUGGGAAUAUAGAUGCCAAUAUUUGUUUCAAUUCAUAAUUCAAGUCAAUUAAAAUGUAAGCUGAAAGGUUUUCUUUCUUUUUAUAAAGGCUAUGAAAGCAUAGCCUUCAUAACAAAGCAAACAGAAUAUCUAUUAUAAUAAAAUAACAUUAUUUGCAACAGUAUUUGUGAUAGCAAAAUGUCUCACCCAUGUUGCAACAGCCAUGAUACUUUUUGUUAUAUUUGUGGUGAGUAAAUGCUUAAAUCUUGAAAACAGCAUAACUCCUCUUAGUAAGAAAGCUCACACCUCAUAGGUCUGAUUUUAUUCUCACAAGUCAAUGAAUAUGUUGUAAAAAAAAAUCACUCCCUACUCUGUACAUAGUUUUCUUCUUUCGAUUGUUCUUUCUUUCCUCUCCUUUCUAUAAGUGUAUACCUCAGAUUAAUAUUGUGA